GGACUCCUUUCCUCCACCACCUCCUCCUUGUGCUACCACCUUUCAUAGUGUUACCCCUCCCUCUCCAAAUUUCGACGCCCCACCUCCUCCUUUACCACCUCUUACCAAUGGAGGACAGCCGGUAGAAAUGUUCCAGGAACCCGUGGAAGAACAGGGUGGAGAGCGGAUAGUGUGGGAGUUCCACCAAGUGACCCUGAACAGGGUACCCGGCUAUGGCUUCGGGAUCGCAGUCAGCGGCGGAAGGGAUAAUCCCCACUUCACCAACGGAGACCCUGCCAUCGCCAUUUCAGAUGUCCUCAAAGCCGGCCCUGCAGAGGGUAAACUCUUGGUCAAUGACCGGAUCAUGAGUGCCAAUGGAGUGUCAUUGGAGAAUGUGGAAUAUGCAACGGCUGUGCAGGUCCUUCGCGACAGUGGCAACACGGUUACUUUGGUUGUUCGUCGUAGAGUUGUCCUUCCGACGAGUCCUGAACCACAAACCCUCAGGAUUCAGCUCACCAAAAGUAGGAAGAAGGAUGAUUUUGGCUUGAUACUAGGAAGUAAAAUUUACGUCAGGGAAGUUGGUGUUAAACUUGAUGGUCCAAAUUCUUUGCAAGAAGGAGAUGUUCUUUUGAAAAUAAAUAGUCACGCCACCGAAGGCAUGAGUCUAAAAGAGGCCAGGAAACUAAUAGAAAGCAGUAAAGAGAAACUUAAUUUAACUGUAAAACGUGAAGCACCAAGGAGUUUGUACAGCUCUGAGUCAACUGCACUACAAACAAAAGGUGAGGGAAAUUAUCUGGACGUACUGAAUGGAAAUUAUUCAUCUCAAAAUCUUUAUGUAAGCCCUCCAACGAGACAACAGCUAGACGAUAAAAGCAACCUAUUACCAAGGAGAUCCAGGAAUCCUCUCUUAGAUGCAUCAAUGAGUCAACUAGACAGGCCCGCCUCACCGUCAGCUCACCAUAAUCAUUCUCUUGAUAAUAUGAAUUCUUUAACUAAUCAUAAUAGUUUAAGUAGGGAAAAUAUUAGUCAUGGAAGUCAUUCACACAGCCAUUCACAUAGUAGGAGUAGAAGUACAUUAGAAGAGCCGCCAGACCCUCCUCGACCCCCACCACCGAAACCCGAAGGCAUACGCUACAAGCGAAGAUUUAAUUAUUACAGUAGUAGGGCGCAGCUUUAUGAAGAAGAUCCUUUAUCCCAAAGGUCAAAACAACCUGUGUAUGUAUUACCCGUGCCAGACCCUAGGUUCAUAACUUUUCAAAAGGAAGGUUCAGUUGGUAUUAGAUUAACAGGAGGUAAUGAAGUUGGCAUUUUUGUCACUGCUGUCCAACCUGGCAGUCCAGCAUCCCUUCAAGGCCUUCAACCUGGUGAUAAAAUUCUUAAAGUUAAUGAUAUGGAUAUGAAAAAUGUUACUAGAGAAGAAGCAGUCUUAUUUUUAUUAAGUCUUCAAGAUCAGGUUCACCUAAUAGUUCAACAUAGAAGAGAAGAAUAUGAGCAUAUCGUUGCAGGCCAAAGAGGGGACUCCUUUCACAUCAAGGCUCAUUUCAACUAUGACCAACCAAAUAAAGGGGAAAUGAGUUUUAGAAAAGGUGACAUUUUCCACGUUGUAGACACACUGCACAAUGGCGUUGUUGGAUCCUGGCAAGUUUUCAGGAUUGGACGCAACAAUCAAGAGGUGCAGAAAGGAAUAAUCCCAAACAAAGCCAGAGCCGAGGAAUUGGCCACUGCUCAGUUCAACGCUAGUAAAAAGGAACUAAAUACCCCUGAAAACAGAGGUAGUUUCUUCAGGAGGAGGCGACACAGCCAUCGUAGGUCGAAAUCUCUAUGUAAGGAUCAUUGGGAUGAUGUUGUGUUCGGUGAUAGUGUUAGCAAAUUUCCAGCCUAUGAACGAGUCGUUCUAAGGCAUCCAGGAUUUAUUCGACCUGUUGUUUUGUUCGGUCCCGUAUCAGAUAUGGCCAGGGACAAACUACUGUUAGAUUUUCCGGACAAAUUUUCUUCACCUCAGCUUGAGAACACUCUUGAGGACGGUAAAAAGUCUUCAGGGAUUAUUAGACUUAGUGCAAUUAGAGAUAUUAUGGAUAGAGGUAAACAUGCAUUGUUGGACAUAACCCCCAAUGCAGUUGAUCGACUGAAUUAUGCUCAAUUUUAUCCAAUCGUUAUAUUUUUAAGGGCUGAAACCAAAACCAUCAUAAAAGAACUUCGUGCUGGGCUUUCAAAUCCUAUUUUGGAAUACAUUCCUUGGACUCACCAUAAAAGUAGUAGAAAAUUGUUUGAUCAAUGCAGAAAGCUAGAAAAAAUUUGGUCACAUGUCUUCAAUGGAACUGUGACUCUUACUGGUCCAGAUGUUUGGUACCGCAAAUUGCGAGAGCUAAUCAACAAACAUCAAUCUGGCCCUGUUUGGAUGAGCGAAUCCAAGCCUGAGGAGACCCUGUCGGAUGAUUUCCUGUUCCCGAUGGCCUCCCUCCGUCUUUCCUAUGCCUCGUCCCCCGAAAGCGAUGUGGAACAGAACAGCAGUGGAGUCCUUCUACCACCACGGCUAGUUAAGUGUUCCUCGGAUCCCAGUAUUGCCACACAAGAAGACACAGCUGUCAUUACCCCCUCCUAUAACGCACCCCCACCUUACACUCCAUCUGCAUUCAAACAGGCAAGUUACGAACCAACUAAGCCUCGUAGAUCUGGUGGUGGAGACAAGUACAGUUUUUCUCCGCCUCAAAGUCCCUUAACUGGUGGUGUUCCUCCUGAACUUCCACCUAGGAUAGAUCGCUCGAAUAAACCUCCUCGGUCGGGUGGCAACCCUGGAUCAGCAGCUGAAAGACUUUUUGGCAGUAAUAAUGCCAUAAUCAACAAAAAUGAUGACCCUCCAAAUUAUAUCAAUGCUACUCCCCAGUACAGACCCCAGAAUUCUUCAUUGGAACGUCAACAUGCCAACAAAACAACCAGUAGCUACGAUAGUGUCUCCUCCUAUGAUAGUUAUGGUCAACGUAUCGGGCCUCCAAAUGGAAACCUAGGCCCAAAUGCUCAUGACGAUCUUAAGUCAUGUAAUGGUGAUGCGAGAACCCCUCCUCGUAGUGCACAUGAUCCAUACAGGUUUACUCGCUCCACUCAACAGCCAAUCAAAGCAAACGGAAUCAAUGGUGUGAAUGGUGUUGGGCCUCCUCUAGAUGUCCCUCAUAAGCCGAACAAGCCAACUGACUAUCCUAAGUAUAGGCCUCCUGGAGGCGGUCACCCAGGAGGUAUCGUAGAGUAUGCUACUAGUAAACCCUUACCUCCCCCCAAAGCACCUCAGUCAUACAAACCAAUUCCACCUCCGAAACCGAAGAAUUACCGACCUCCGGCAAGCCAGCAGUACCAAACCUACCAAACAGCCACCGUCAAAGAAACUGCCCCGUACCAGCACGCCAAAUCUUACAGUAUUGCGGAGAAUAACUACGGUUCGCAUCUGACCAAUGGAGUGCCACCUUCACCUGGAAAAUACUCAUCGGACACAAAUGACAAUGGGGGUUUUGACUCUGGGCAUGGGAGUAGCCUAGACAGGACUUAUGAUCAUCGCUCAGAUAAUCGCUCUAUGGACCAUCACAGAUCUCCGAGCCAAUAUUAUUAUAAUGUAAGUAGGAGGCAUAAUCAUCAUCACAGGGAGCCUAGCGGCUUAGAUCUCACGCAUCGUGAUCAGCGAGGAAGCGCUUUCGAGUUGUAUAAAAAACCAUCUGACCCACGUAAUAAUAUUCACUACCCAAUAGAACAUACUUUAAGGUAGGAUAUCACUUAUUUGGAGGGAUUUCUGCAUAAACAGAAACCAAGCUGUUUUUCAGAACAGUAUAGAGGAUGAUUUUUGAGGUAGCAAAAUUUGAUAGCUGAACAAUAUUGUGACUGGUUCAAAGUCAUGUAAUUCAGUCCCUCUGUGCAAUACUGUGACUUUAAAAUACUCAAUUUGAAAUUUCUAACAGCAGGAAGAUGGAUAUCUCUCAAAUGAAUUGAUUGUUUUAUCCAUCGAAACGGUGAACAUCUUGCAAAAGUAAAAAAUGAAAAUAAUCAAGUCGUAAACUCCUACCGAACUUAUUGAAGAACCUCUGUUUGAAUUAUCUACUUUAUUUUCCUUAACGAUACUUUUCUUUAAACAGAGCAAUCUGUAACUCUGUUUUCAAUUCGUUUAAAAAAACUCAACAUAUUCAUAAUCACAGUCUUUAGCUGCGGGCACUGAAUUCUUUCAGCGAGCAUUGAAUUUUACUACUUCAAAAAAUAUCACAAUUAAAUAUUGACUGAAUUUUUUCUUUGCCUCAAUGUCCCACACCUUGUUGCCUUUCAUUAUUUACAUAAAUUUAAAUAAUUCAAUAUGUGUAUUAAUGUGUAUUUAAUUGUAAUGUAUCUUUCUUUUUGUAGCAAUCAUUGAUUUUUAAGUACAUUACUGGUAUAUAUUUACCUUAAGUACCUAAAACUUGCAUUAUUGAUAACGAUCUUAAGUCAAUGCAUGAAUUUAUGGAAAGUGUCAAUUUUUCAUUAACAUUACUGUUGUAUCUUUAUGAUCUGUACCAUAUACUGUUUAAUGCCGUAUUAAAAAGGAAUAUGAAUCUUUUUAUAUUUCUUCAACCAGUUAAUAAUUAGAUUAUUCGGAACCCUCAGAAUACUCGUGUUUCGAAAUACCUGUUUUUUUUAUGGAUAUGACACUUAACACAACUUAGUGCACGUCACACUUAGUGCAACGUUUUUUUUACAUCAGUGCCUUUUUGAAAUCCAGCCUUGUGUGUCCUAUUUCAUUCUGUCUACUAGUGUUGCCGUGAUCUCAUCCUACUACAUAGUGCUCUUAUUUUAAAAGUAAACGUUUUCAAUACUUGACAUUUUCCUUUUUUAUUAUAUGCAAAGUAUGAAACCUUCAGCAAUUGAGCUUUCACUCCAGGAACCUACUUCAUAGCAGAGUCCCUAAAAUAGCCAGUCAACAGCCAUUAUUGUAUUGAUUUCUAACUUCGUCUCAUCCUUGUCCCUUGAAAUCAAACAGAGAGACAGUCUAUCCUCUACAAUGACCGUUGAGGUUCAUGCAAAUAUAAUAAUUUCAAAUUAAUUUUAAAAUUUUGUGAUUUUAGUGCCAUUUGCUAAAAGUAGAUUUAGUGAAAGUUAGUAAUUUUUAAUCAUUCCUGACAGGGCGGAGGGUUUAAAAAAUAAGUUCACUUGGAGUACUGAUGCUGCAUCUAUGUCGAUGGCUAAGGUGGAAAAUGCAUAUCUUCAAUUGUGACGUUGUAAAUCAUUGCUCAUGCCAACCAACAGUUUUUUCUGAACUGAAAUUCCUCAUUGAUUUCUUCACAUAAAGUUAAUAAUAAUUCACUGAAAGAUUGAAGCCGAUAUGUAUUUUUUAAAAUUUUCUUUAAAAAAGAUAUGUACAACGUUCGGAGGUUUUCAAACGUAGAAAUGGAGGUACACAUUUUACUACUCGAGCCAUCGAGGUAUGCAAUUCUAAAUUCAGCAAAAGAUCAAUUAAUUUCUCUUCUUUCCCCAGCAUUUUUUAAAGUAUUUUCUUCUUCUCUUUUAAAAGCAUAGGUCUUUACACGUGUGUCCUUUUAAUUGUUCAACUUUAAAAGGAGUAAGUAGCCUUUGAAUUUCCUUGAUUAUUGGAGUAAAUAAUUGUAGAUGAAAUUCUUAAGCUUCCCGGUAUUUCCUAUUUAUUAGCAAUUAAAUUAUGGCGCCCUCAGUUUUUUCUUUUCUUUUUUUUCUUCAUAUAUAUAUUGUUUAUAACUAUUGGACAAGAUGUGUUGGAAAGUAGAUAUACCCUAAAAUAAACCUGGUCCCCUUUUUAUUGCUGUAUCUCUGGAAGAAAUAACUAUUCUGUAAUCUUUUGCUGCAACUCUAGAGGGCACGACCCAGUUAGAAAGCAACUUAGCCUUACGCUCUUUUGUCUGCAUUGAAAUCCCUCUUUGUCAGUGCAAAUUUAUCGUUCAAAGAGUUGAAUGUCCCAUACUUGAAAAAUAAUUUGUGCUUCGGAAUGAUUUUACUGAACUCAUUUAAAAUCUGGUACUUCAGAGAUAGACAAAAGAAUGAAUGCAUGUCUUACAUCACAUUUGAAUGAUCAAUUAUGUUGAAAAUUCCUUCAGCAGAAAAAUAGAGGGAAAUUUUGGAGCAGAAACAGAAAACAUAAUAAAACUGAAAAGUUUAAAGCAGAACAGCCUAGCUUUGGUUAAAAUUUUGUAUAUUUGUCGCUCAUCGUGCUCUUGCACAACAAUCUUCUUUCGGUCCCCGUUUUUAGUUCAAGAAUUUAUGAUUUUUUAACAAACUGUAUCAUUGAUUUUUUUGUAAAUUUUCUUGAUGUUUAUACUCAUUUAUUAUUUCUUUGUAAUUUUACUUUCCAAUUGACUUCUUAAUCUGUCAUAGUUUUUCUCUCUCUUUUUCCCCAUUUAUUUGCUGAGAUUUCAUGUACUAUCAGCAGAGAGGAAAAGGAGACAAAUCUCCAUAUUUCGAAAUAAAUUUUUUUGCCUUUAUCUAAACUUUGUUGUUUUAAGUUUAAAUUGUUGAUAAUAAUCAUGAUUAAAAGAAAAACCUUCAUUUCAUUUAAA